AUGGCAUCAACCGACAAGGGGACGACGUCACCGCCCGAGACGCUAGAAGUUGUUAAAGCCGAAAGACAUCCCGAUGCACCACGACGAUGCUUCAUUUGCUUGACAGACGAGGAUCCAUCUGACCCCCCAGGCUCAUGGGUCGAUCCUUGUCCCUGUACUCUCGAGGCACAUCAAGACUGCAUGCUGUCAUGGGUCACGGACUGUGAGCGUAACAACAAGCCGCUGCAGUGUCCUGUAUGCAAAUCCACGAUAGAGAUGGAAGGGCCGUGGGACUUGGUUGUCGCACUGAACGAUGCGAUUAGCAGUCGAUUUACAAGGGCCAGCCCGUUUAUCCUCUUCACGGGAGUUUCUAUGGGCGUACAGUUCAGCUUACAGAUGUAUGGCGCCUUGGCCCUCUGGUCGUUUGCUGGGAAAGACACCAUGAUGCGGUUUCUGCUCGGUCCUAAGAUGGUCAUCGACGCAAAGAACGCGGGGGGCAUGCGAUUUGUGCGAGAACGUAUAUGGAGCGCGCUGGUCAUGAUGAAUAUUGCGCCGACACUGCUGUUCAGCCAGCUGCUACCCAACCUGAGCAACAAGAUAUUCCUGCCUUCAGCUUCCUUGUACGGCAUGUAUCAAAUCAUACACGACGAUGCGUUCCUCACUUGGCCCCCAUCCCCGCGACUUGCAAUGACUCUAUUCCCCUACGUACGCUCCAUUUACUACAAUUUAUGGAGAGAGUUUGUGCUGCCCUACGAGAUCAAGUUGAAUAGACAGAUUAUGGGGCUGCCACCUAUUGAACAAAUCGAGGGGCAACAAGGCGCCAAUCAACGCCGACAAGCACAGCGCAAUGGAGAUGGCGGCGUUGUCGGCCUGUUACAGGGCAUUCUUGAUGCUCUCGAUCCAGACGAUGAAGAGGAUGACCCACAGGUAAACGGCAUCGACCGCAUUGAGUUCAUGCAUGGGGAGAUAGAUGCCGGUGACAAUCCAGGUGCGGAUGCUGAGAUUAUGAUUGAACUUCGUAUAGAGGAGGUCGAGGAGAUCAGAGAGGACCAGGAGGCGGCGAUUCCUAACAGAAACGGGGUCCACAGAGAGCCAAACGAGAACAAUGCCGCCGGGCAGCAAGGAGGUCAAGCCCAUGAACCUGCAAACCGGGCAGACGGCGCGGAACCCGCUCAAGCACCAGAAGGUGGUGAAGACGCCCAAGGAAACGAGGCUGGAAAUGCUGCCGAGGGCCAGGUCCAGGCUCAACACGAAGCUCCGCAGGCUCCCCCAGCCCGCAGGAUGGGCUUGGGGGCCCUGUUGUCGAGCAUAUCAAAUGCUGUGGUUGGAGCUCUCAUUCUUCCUGGUGUUUCCUUUGCCGUGGGGGAAGCACUGCGGCUUGCAUUGCCCAAGACAUGGACGUCAGGGUCGCGAAAUCCUUGGGCACUAUAUGCCGGCGUCAGCGGUCGGCCGGGCUUGCUCCAGCAACAAUGGGGACGAAGCUUAGUUGGCGGAUGUCUGUUCGUGGUGCUGAAGGACGUGGUCCGGGUUUAUGCCAAAUCGAGGCGAGUGGCGGCAAUGAGUAACCGACGAGUCAAGAAUGUUGACAGAAAGCGUGGGGAGAAGUAG